AUGAUCACAUUGUCGCUGCGCUCGCUGUCGCCAUAUCUGCUCCUGAUGGGUCCGUGCUGCAGGACAGAAGACUUGCCAGAUGAUUUGACGCCCUUUAUCACUCGAACAUCUCUGGACCCGACGAGCGGAGGUGGAUUUGGUGAUGUCUGGAAGUGCGACUUGAAUUACAAUCAUGGUGAAAAUAGCAUUUCUGCCCUCGUCAGUUUUUGCGUUGGAUUCAAUUUACCAUGCCCGGGCCGCUGGCUGACAAUUGGCUCAUUGAUCGAUAAGGUUGCGCUCAAGGCCUUCAGACUUCCGCAGCGUUAUGAUAUGCAGAAACUCAACAGGAAAAUCAGCCGAGAAAUUGGUAUAUUGAAGAUCCUACGCCAUAACAACAUUGUACCCUUGUGGGGCAUAGCAACAGGAUUUGGACCCAUGCCGGAGUUGCGCUGCUUGGUGUCUCCGUGGAUGCCGAACGGCACGUUGAGUGCAUACCUAGCAUCCAAGCACAACGAUCUAACAGUCCUGGACCGUUCACAUCUGGACUCACUCCCAGUUGCAAGCUGGAGGAUGUCAGCGCUGGACUUCGUUACCGCAAAUAUCCUGAUCGACGAUCGAGGCAAUGCGAGGUUAAUCGAUUUUGGCCUUUCCACCAUCGUUCAGCCCCUUAUCGGCCAGUCGCUCUUGGCCGCGACAUCUAUAUAUCCAGGUGCAAUCUGCUAUGCUGCACCAGAAUUCGUUUUAUCGGACGACGUGCACGAUCGGGAGCUGGCGGGAAAAAUCGAUAUCUACUCUUUUGGUUGUGUGAUGCUUCAGAUUCUCUCGGGUCGGCCCCCUUGGUCUGAGAUUAAAUCUGGAAGGCUGGAUGCUCUCAUUCCUGUCAUGAUAUACCAAGGUCGUGGACCCCAGCGUCCAGAUGGUGAUCCUGAAAUAUUGGACUCGGAUUGGAACUUCAUCCAAGAAUGCUUGCAAUUCGAACCCAAACUUCGACCUUCAGCAGAUGAAGUACUCGACUUUGUCACGCAUAGGUCUUCCUCUCCAGACUCUUGCAGUAGACCGCCUGACGAUUCUUCCGGAGCAUCCCCGCACUGUGGUUCUAAUAACUCAGAUACAGUAGAACGACCACCCGACAGUCCACAUUGUAAUCCGAAUCCUUCAAUCAUAUUUGAGCCUCAGGUUUGGGGAUCUUACCGUCAGAGUGGUACAUCUAAUCUGCACGCACGAGUAACACUCCACAAUUGGCUUCAAGCUACGUAUAGGUCGACCACAUCCGGGCGUGUAAGAUGGGACAAUUCCUCCCAAGGACUUCCACACGCUCUUACCUGGCACGCCGAGAUAUACAUCGACGACAUGAAUUACGGGUUUGGCACAGCGUCCACUAAAUUGGAAGCCCAAGAAGUUGCAGCGAUGCAGGCGCUUGGAAAUAUAGAACGAGAAAUGGAAAUGGAACGUGCAGGAAGAACGGGCCAAACAGUGCGGACAGAGCAGAUGGAGCAGAUGUCCCCUGCAGUCAUGAAGGAGUUGGAGGAUGCGAUGGGCAUAGAUGCACAGGCCCUGAUCUCUUUUCACCCAGGGAUGAGCUACGCCCGACAGAAAUUUCAGUGGGCAUCAUCUUGCGUUACUACAUUGCAAGAAGAUAUUGCGUACUCAUUGUUUGGCAUCUUCGGUGUCCGCCCACCUGCAAUCUACGGCGAGAAGAAACAGAAUGCACUCGGGCGGCUCCUACAGGAGAUUGUGGCCCGGUCAGGCAACAUCACUGUCCUCGACUGGGUCGGACAACCUUCCGAGUCCAAUAGCUGUCUUCCAGCCUAUAUUACUUCUUACUCCACUGCUCCACACACUCUUCCAUCUUUGUCCGAAGAUCAGAUUCAGACAACUAUCCUCGCUGCGAAAAAAUCCCGUGGUUUUUUGGAUUUGUCUCCGAAACUUUUCGUCCAACUUGAUUAUAUGAGCGUUGCUUAUUUCAGGAACGUCAGCCUGCAUCUGCCUUGCAUCGUAUUCCCGGUCACAGAAGCCAGGCGGAGGCCAGGUCAUGACCAGGAUACAUAUGCGUAUGAACUCACACCAGGCGGGCUUCGCAACCUGGAGAUCACUACCAAAGAGCCGAUUGUUCAGCGGUGUAAAGUAAAGAGUUGUCAGUGA